CGACGUACAAAGUCGUCACAUGACCGAUAAGCAUGGCGGACCACACAACAAGGUCGCAAGGAAAACAUAGAUAUAAAAACAUAAAAAGCAAACGACAGCCACUGUGUGCAAGAACUUCGUAUAGCUGUCAUAAACUUUGCUUAUUUCUGUAUACACUUUGCUACCUGGUGAUUGGGCUUGCGUUGCUAGGAAUUGGUAUUUAUGUUGAGGUGGAAAGGAGAGAAUACACAGGCCUAGAGAAGUCAUUGUCAUUACCAGUAGCCAUUUUGAUAUUCAUUGGACUGUUCAUAUCUAUAAAUGGUCUCUGUGGAUUGGUCGGAACAGUUGAAGAAAAUAUCUCCCUACUCAAACUGUUCCUGGUUCUCUCAGUUGCUACUUUCCUUGCACAGAUAGCUACUGCCAUCUUAAUAUAUGUCAAUGGAAUAGAAAUAUCAGAUUUGAUAAGCUCUAAAUUAGCAUUAGCCUUAAAUGACUUCAACAGAAAUCCAGACCUUAGAAGUACUAUGGACUCGGUACAAAAUAAGUAUUCUUGCUGUGGGAUUAGUUCAUGGCAUGAUUAUGUAGAGUAUGCAGAUGCUUGCAGAGAGAGAUGUCCUUAUGGAAAUCCGUGCAAUAACCAGUGUAUAUUCCCACAGUCUUGUUGUUCUAUGCCAAAUGUUCCACAAAGUGCCAUAAACUGUACCAGUAAUAAAGUGUCAGAGGUACCUCCAUCCAUGACAAUUAAGAAUGGUUGUUUUUAUGCCUUUGUUGAUUGGUUGAGUGAUAGGAUGGAUCUGAUUGGUGCAACCACUUUGGGCCUGGCAUUACCACAGGUAGCUGGUAUAAUUUGGGCUUACCUUGUACUAAGAAAAAUCAGAGAAUACCAGUGCUGGUAUACUGUGGAACUUGCUUCAGAUUAUGAAAAUAAGCUUUAAAUUUAAGAUUUUCACAGAUUAUUACACCUCUAACAGCAUACAAAAGUCCCAAAACAUGGUUUGAAUACAUACCUCAUAUUUUGUUCCAAAGAUUUAAAGACAAUUUUUUUUCUGUGCAACAGAAAUCAGUGGAAUAGGUCAAUAAUUCAAUGUUAGGUCUUUUGCUUUAGAUUUGAAACAUGAGUGAGUUUUCCCCCUGAACCGAAAAAAAAUCUCAUUCAAAUUAAAAAAAAAACUCCAGGGACAUAUCAUUUUUAGCCAUGGUGAUUCCUACGGUGAGAAGAUGAAAUUAUUAUUUAAGUCUCCAUGACAAAAUAGAGCAAGAAGAUGACAUCAAAUUUAGAUUCUUUUUUUCUUUUUUUCUUUAAAUGAUUAUACGUGCUCAGUUGAUACAACAUUUUACACUCUCUGAUUCAUCUUUGGAUUAUUCAGUUUUAAAAUGAUGAGUCUAGAAAUAAGUCUAGGAAUCACAGACUUCUUGCCUUAGUGCAAACCCAUUCAUAUAGUUAUAAAUGAUUUCAUACCUAUAGCUUUAUCUCAUAUGUUUGGUUAAUUUCACCUUUAUUGAAUAUUUGUAAGUGUUUUUAACACUUUAAAGUCAGUUAAAAAUCAGUUUGGUCACAAUAUGAUUUGCCAUCACUUAACUUUUAUGCGUUGUAAAAUAUAUGAAACAGAUAUACCACUUAUUCAAUGUAUUUGUCAGGUGUCAUAUCCUGCAUUUGAUAUCAUACAUAAAAAUAGUGCAAUAUGUUUAAAAUAGUAACUGUUAUAAACAAUUUUUAAUUACCUCCCUUUUUACUCAUUGAAAAUAUAUGUAUUUUUACAAUCUGUAGUUUUUGGCAGCUAGAUUUAGUGCCUUCAAAAGACAUUGCCUUGAUAUAGACCCAAUGUCUUGCUUGUUAAGGUUCUCUUGAAGAUUGUUUUUGUUAAAAUUUGAAAUACUAUAAGUUCUGAAACUUUAGUUCUCCUUUUAUGAUUGUGAAAUAAGGUACAGCCAAAAAAAUGCCAUUUUUAAUUUUGACAGCAAUAUUUGUAAUCAGCAUUUUCUGAAAUCUGACUUCAGCAUGCAUUGUGUAGAUGGUACAUACAAUAAAGUCAGAAUUCGCAGUAUCCUUUAUCCUACUUGAAACAAAUAGUCCUUUGUAUACAGAAGAUCAAUCAAGAAAAUAAAAAAAGGAACCUUAAGAAUAGUUUAGGGGGGAGGUAGGAGGGUCCUGAUCCCAAAAUCCUGAGGUCACGAAUUAAAAAAAUUUAAAUCCCACCAACCCCAAAAUUCCAAAUGGAUAUAUCCUGAAAUCUUGAGCUUAAAAACACUCGAUCCGGGAGUCCUGAUAAAGGUCCUACUCCCCUCAUAGUUUGACCCCAAAAAUGUAAAUUCAACCUUUUAUCAUCAGAAAUUACUUUAAAGUAAAUUGAAAGGGUAACUGUAAGCUUAUUCUAGAAAUUUUAAGAUCUAAUACAAGUAAUUGUUUAUGCAAAUUGUGUCAGUGUAUUUAGCUUUUAUUGUGUUCAUCUUUUAAGAUUGCCUUCCAUUCAAAUUAUAACAGGUGUUCAAACAGUAUUUGUUGUACCUGCAUAUUUAUUGUUAUGGUUUGUUUAUGUUGUUGUUUCAAAAAGUUUCAAGUUGAUUGUGCAUGUUGUUCUGUGUGACCCAUUUUUGUCAGGGUUAUUGCCCUUGUCCAUAUUAUAUGACACAUUUUUGACAGAGUUAUUGUCCUUGUCCAUAUUAUAUGACACAUUUUUGACAGAGUUAUUGCCCUUGUCCAUAUUAUAUGACAGAUUUUUGACAGAGUUAUUGUCCUUGUCCAUAUCAUAUAUACUGCAAGCAGAUACUAUUGUGUAAUUCUUAAACCAUAAGGAGUUUUCAAGCCAAGCUUCUAACUAUCGACUUGCCGUCAACUGAUUGGUUAAUUGUCCGUAAGGCUUCCGAGUUUACAUAUUUGUUAAUUGUAGGAGUUGA